AUGGCUUGCUAUAUGAUGAAGAAAUAUGCAUGGGGCCUUCGGAAGACCAUGGAAUUCUUGAGCUCAAGGCGACCAGAUCUGGAACUGAAGCCCUCUUUUCUUCAGCAGCUCCUGAGCUUCGAGCGGCGAUUGGUCAGCCAGUCCAAACAAUCCUUCAGUUCGGACUGGAGCGAUUGCAAUUUGAGCAGCUGGGAGUGCGAGGAGCUCCUGUUGCGUAACACGUACAUUAACAGCCAAAUGGGGCCGCUGGCAGAGAUCCAGUUGGAGGCUCCAGGUCAAGGCUUGAAGCCGCAGAGGCUUGCUUGGAUGGAUGCUGGCCUCGAUGACAGGCUGCGCUUGGAAAAGCCACCUGGUGCUGACCGCCUCAACCUCCAAGCUUGCAAACGAGACCAGAAUGGGCAGCCUGUCUUGACCUGUAUCUUGAAGCGAGCACAGCAACGGCAGUUGGAUGCUGCCUGCACAGGCAGGGCUGUCUUCAUCCUUUGCGGAGGUUCAGAAGAGGCUCUCCUGCCUCUGUGGCAGCGUCCGGACCUGUCAUCUUCUCGCCAGCAGGCGGACCAAGCAGUCAACAGUGCGGAUGAAGAGAAAUUGGUGGAGCUGCAGAGAAGGACCCUCCCAGCAUUACCUGCUACCUACUUGGAGCCAGUCCUUGCAAAGGAUGCCAGGGCUUCGUGCUUGGCUGCCAGACCUGGGCCGAAUUAUCCCUUGCUGCUAGUCGGUGACAGCACGGGAACCGUGGCACUUUAUGAUGUCGAUCCCAAUGUCGGCGAGGGCCAGACAGCGGACAAAAUAUGGUCUCUGUCGAUGCAGCAGCCGCUGGUAGAGGUUUGCUGGGGACCAGGCGGUGGCUGCUUUGCUGUGGCCACUGGGGGUGGCAGAGACAGUCGGCUCCAGGGUCUCCGCGAUCGGCAAAGUCGCUCUAAAGGAGUGGAGAGCUGUUGCAUCACCAUUUGGAGCGUCCACUCCUCUGGCCGUAAAUUUUCUGUAGGCGAAUUGAUCCCAGCCAUUCGGCGUGAAUGGGGCCUCCGAUCUAUGUGUUUCUGCAACAGUGGUUUUCGAAUCGCAGUUGCAGCUUCGGCGGGGCCUUUGUGCACCGUUGUUGUUCUCUUCGAUGCCGAUACGCUUCUGGAAGAGUGCCGCCUGGUCCUUCCAAAAAUGGAGAUGCACUGUAUUGGUCACUCCCUCUCUUCCACAGGAGUCGCCUCGGAACAUCUUAUACUUGCGGCAGAUCGACGCGUCCUACUUUGGGGACUUGAAGGCCGGUCAACUGCCUCAAAGCAUGGGCGAGAUGCCGGAGCCAGCGAUUUACGGCAAAUUGAUGCCAUCUACUGGGACGAAAUUCCCAGUCAUGACUUGUCAUUCUCGGUGGAGAAUGAGAGUUUGCAGGUUCUUGCUGUCCAUGAAGGGGGCCUGGCACACCAGCUGGGAGUACGUGGCGCCUCAGGCUGGCUACUUGCUGGUUGGCGAUCACUUGACCCGACGACGAUGGGAAAAUCCCUGCAUCUGCAACUGCCGCGGAGCAAGGACGAGGUGGAAACUAUGCUGCAGAAAAAGCGAGUUCUUCUUCGCUUGCAGCCCCCGGAUUUGAACCUGCAGACAUUGGAUCUUGGCAACAGCCGUGUGUUGUGCGCUGCGGCUUCUCCAGACAACACGCUGCUGGCGGUGGGCUGCGAGAGGGGCGAUGGCACAGCAGGUCAGCUCGCGGGCAACCUAAUGGAAACCGUCGAAGGCGCCAUGGGCUCCCACAAACGGCGAUCGCAGCGCUGGUUGGAGCAUUCCAGCACUCUUUCAGUGUGGAGCCUCGAGACGCAAGAGCUAUGGCGGGCAAAAGAGGUGCCACUUAACUCGAGCAUUCCGGCCCUGUGUUGGCUUGACUCCUCCAUGCUCGUCGUGGCGCUCACCCAGACAAAGUCUGUUGGACUGGUGAAUGCAGAGUCUGGAGCUCUUCUGCGGAGGUGGUUCUUCAACAAUGAGACCCCACAACUACUUGCUGCCGCAGACGGUUGCCAUUGGGUGGCGGUGGGCUUCCGAUCUCAACGGACCGGCCGUGCGCCGGCGCACUGUGCUGUUUUUGACCGAGAUUCCGGUGGUGGCACAUGGAUUCCCUGCGGGAGCUCCCGCGCCAGACCGGUGGUUGCCUGCUCUGACACCGGGAACUUCCUCGCAGUGGCAGGGGCAGAUCUGAAGCCAUCGAUGGCACAAUCUCUGGAUGCCAGCCCCACCAAAACCCCGACGGUGGACACGACGAUCUCGGCAGCGGGAGCUGCGGAGGGGGCCAGGUCGCGGUCGAGGGGACUGUCCAUCUGGCAAAUCGGUGACAUGACUCGACAAAAGGUGAGCGGAGUGGCGGGACAAUGGGUCGCAGAGAACGUGGCCUUGGAUGGUGACCUUCUGGUGGCUUGUUUCCAGGGUGGAGGCAUCAUGAAGGCCUUUCGGCUACCGGACGAGGAGCUGUGCACUGAAGAGCACGCGCACACUUUGCAAGCCGUGGCGGCCAAGGGUGACGACCCCACGAGUGGAGUGGUGGCGGCAGCAGGUCCAGGCGUACACUCUCACAAGACGGUCGUUGGCUUGGCUUGUUGGAUCAGUCGACAAGGCGCCACAAAGGCCAAUCUCACUUUCUCGUUGCCCGGGGCUGCUGUUGCUGCACUGGCCUUUCUCCCCGGGCAUACAGCGCUCCUUGCAGGUGGUGUGAACUUGCGCGCUAUGGCCGUGGCGUGCAUUUGGAACUUAAACGAUGCAGGUGCUGCGCGAGAGAUCUGCGAAGUGAGGUUGGACAUGGGCCCGGGGCUGCGCUGUUUGGCCAUUGGUCACGAUGGGAGCCAGCGACACCGUGAUGAUGCUAGGCGUUCGGGUUCGCCUCCCGUCAGGGAGCCACGGUCAGGUAGAAGGCCUUCACAGACUGGAACUGGAGUGAUUCAACCGACUGCCGAAGCAUGGCCUGCAGUCGUGUUGGCCAGCAGUGGCUCAGAUUCCCGCAUCGUCGUGCAUGAAGUGCGGUGUGGCUUCCGCACUUUUUUUGAUAUUAGCGAGCCUACAGACGCAGACCUUUUGCCAAGAAAGCAGCUCUCGCAAUUGGCACCAUCUGUCCUACGCUUUGCGAACUCCGGCCGCUUGUUGGCUGCUGGGGACAACGCAGGACGAGUCCACCUCUUCCUUUUGGGACGGCAUCGUGCCGAAAACGAUGUUGUGCAUAUGCGCGUACAAGCCCAUCGAGUGCUUUCCUUGAGCGGACAUGUCUGCGAUGUCAUCUUGAAAGGGGAGCAGCUGUUUAAGGCGGUUUGCCUCCAACAUCCAAUGGAGUCACCCGAGCAAGAAGCUCCGCGUGGAGAUCGGUCCGUUCUGGUAUAUGACCUCCUCAACCCGUCGCUCGAGUUUAUGCUGCCUGACCUAAAGAUGAAGGCUGACGAUGCAAGCUCGGCCUUCUGUGCCCAGCUGGAGAUGCUGCCAAGCCUCCUGCACCAGCAGCUCCCGCAAUCAGGCUGGACGCUGCUUCACUGCUGCGCCUGCCGUGGUCAGGCUCAGCACGCUCGUUUGCUUGUCCGGCUGUCAGCAUCGCCGUUCCAGCGUGAUGCCGUUGGCCGCAAUGCUUUGGAUGUCGCACUACAGCAUCACGAGUUUGGAGUCGUAGAGGACCUGAUGAUGGUCCUUAUGGAGCAGAGGCACCAUGUCGAGUACGGCCAUGCCUGGGACCAGUUUGGUGAGAAUGCAGAAAUUCUGGGCAGGGCGCUGCUUGCCUGCAGCCUGCCAGCAGAGCACCAGGCUUUGACACAAACCGUCGUGCGGCUGUUGCGUCACAGAAUGGCAACUCUUCCGGACUUCCUCGACACGGUCUGCUGUGGAGUGCCGCGGCACUUCGAAGUGACGAGGGCGGGAGAGAAACUCAAAGUUCUGCCGUCGCGGGCUGCUCUGAAGGAGAACGAGUUCAUGAUCAGAGCCUACAGUGCGCCGGUUUUCCGACCCGAAGCAUUCGAGUUUCAAGGUCUGGUGCCAACCUCUGAGGAUGUGCACAUGCCUGAGCGGCCGGUCGAAAUCCGAGUAUGGUACCUUCGGGGUGCCCUAGAUGACGACGUGGGCUUCAUCCCAGCACUCAAGGAGUCGGAGCACGAAGAGAUAAUGCGGACCAAGUUCGUCCACGUCCUGCUGGAAGAGCAGUGGGCAAAAGUCGGGCGAAGGCAAUUUCGUCUUGAAUUGGUGCUGUAUUUGAUAUAUUUGGUGGGAUUUGCUGGCUGGUGCAUAACGGGCCGUGCAAGCUGUGCGGAUCCUGGGCCUCCAGAAGACGAAGCCCAGGACUUUAACAAUCUGGUCGGCUUUUCUUUCCAGAUGUUCCGCGCUGUCCUUGUGAUAUUCCAACUCUUCUUCUUAUACGAGGAGUGGAAGCAACUCGCCUACGAGGUUCGAAGAGCGGAAGCAAAGAGUAUGGUGGAGAAGAUGCGGGCAGUGCUCAGCUAUUUUACAACUUGGAAUAACUUGGACAUUGUGCGAAUCGCCUUGGUCAGCACGGCUGUGGUUUGGAGCGUCCUAGACCGAGCAGGCACCUGCAAGAUGGUGAAGCUGUCUGCGGUCCUCGCUGGCUUUCCAACUCCUUGUGGGCACUUGCAUCUUUGCUUCUCCGCGGCGAAGCUUCGGUCUGAGCAAUGCUUUGUGGACAUGCAGGAUUUUGCGCUGGCCAAGACAGCCACUUUUGGCCGAUUGCUCUUGCAGGGACCCGGCAUCCAUGGCUCGGAGAUUUGCGACAAUUCUCGAAAGAAGCAUGCCCGCUCGCUGUCUACGGGGAUUGCCUUUGCCGCCGAAGCAGCCGUGGGCGACUUCGGGAGGGCAUGUCCGGAGGAAGAUGGAGCCCCGUGCCAAGAUGUUGCACUCACUUUUUGGGCGUUUGGCGCUGCCGGGAUUGUUUGCCGGGCUUUGCCGGCUGCCCUGUCCAACAUCGCUCAGGACAGAGCCCAUCAGCUGAAUAUGCAGAAUGUCUCCAAUGUUGUGCAGGCGUCGAGCACCUUGCUGUCGAAAGGCCGGCCGCUUCCGUCAGCUCCUGGCCACUGUACUGUUGGCUGUUGUAGAGAGACACGUGGACCACAAGAGGCUUCCAACGCGGCUUGGGACUUCGGAACGCUGGUAGCAUAUGAUGCAGCUCUUCUUGAGGUAUCACUGCAAGCCAGCGCGGAACGACUGUCCGAGCACAAUGCCCAAGAGCUCUCGAAUACGAUUCGGUCAACUAGAAAUUCAGCAAUGCUUGGCAGCAGGUUGAUGGAUGCAAUCGGGGAUGCCGUGCAAGACACGGUUGGCGCUGGCCUGCUCUUCGUUGAUGCUGCUGCAACUCAAGCCUUUGGAUUGCUGAAGCGGACUUGCCCCAGCCCAUCGGAGACUGACGGCUUCUUGGUGGAUGUUUGUGCGCUUGGCUGGUCUUUUACUUUCUUGACCUGGCAGCACCCGAUCCUCGGCAAAAUCCGCGAUGUCGUGCGAGAGGAGCUGUCUUCGGCAGUCGUUCAGCUCGCAGAGGAGCCGCGAUGUGGACGUGGGUUCGUUCAUCGGCUGGACGUUCCCAGUUCAGGACUACUCCUGGUAGCAACAAGCUUCUUGGGCUAUGCCUACCUAGAGUGGCAAAUGUACACGUACCAGAUCGUGCGAGACUACGUCGUUGCAGGGCAUUCGCUGGUGGCUCCGACACUCUGCCUGAGGGAGAGGAUCCUCAAUCUGACGACGGCUGUAUGUUCAGAGCGGGGGCGUCCAGCAGAAACUUACCUGCGACUGUUGUGUUGCUGCGAUUCUGUCUCACUGCUCGCGGUCCGUAUUCGAACGGGACGGCGCCAUCAGAUACGGGUGCACUUGCAAAGCGUGUGCCCAUCCGUGGCUGACCAUCGAUACGGCGUCCGCACGAUACUUUUGUCUCACGCGGCAUGGCCGGAGGAUGACAUCGGUGUUUUCCUGGGCGACGGCAAGGACCUCUUGGCUGUAACGACCGUCUUCGUUUGCUCAAGGCUGAUCAGCUUCCUGCGCGCAUUUCCCAACACCGGCCACCUCGUCAGGACCCUGAUCACUAUUUUUUGGGACAUGGCCGUUUUCUUCCGCCUCAUGCUGCUGAUGUUGCUGACCUUUGUCUUCGCCUUCCUGCUGCUUUACGACCAGCCUUUCUCGGUGGUGGGAAUUGGUGAAAUGAUGUGGUAUGUCUAUGUUCACGGCGUCUUUGGUGACGCCGACCCUCCGCCGGGCGGUGCCGAUGACUCGGCAUGGGUGGCGCGACUGAUGCUGAUGAGCUGCGUCGUGGUUAUGCUGGUUGUGAUGAUGAACUUUCUUAUUGCCAUCAUGGGAGACAGCUACGACAAGGUCCAGGAGCGUGCUGAGGAAGCACGCAACGUGAUGAGACUGGAGCUCGUCUACGAG